UGACAGCAAGGCGAAGACGAGCAGGACAGGGCAGAGCAUUUUGACUCUUUCUGCUCUGUGAAUAUAACCUAACGUGUGUCGCAGAUCUACUUUUUUUCCAUGCUGUUCUAAAACUCCCACAAGCAAAAAUGUCAAAUACGACCCCCACCUCAGCCGCCUCAGAGGGACAGCUGUUCUGUCCCCUGCUGCAGAUGAUGAAGGAGCACAAACUCAACAAUAACACACAGGCCAAUUUGGUGGUGGUUUGCAUCCACGGUCUGGUCUCCUGCCUGGGAAUUUUGGAGAACGCCCUUGUCCUCUGGGUGGUUGGUUUUCGCUUGCAGCGCCGCACAGUGGCCUCCGUGUGGGUGCUCAACCUGGCCAUGUCUGACUUCCUUGCAACCCUGACGCUGCCCCUCUUCACCUUCUACCUUUCCUCCUCACACAGCUGGGAGCUCGGCAGCCUACUUUGCAAAAUACAGGCUUCCAUCUUCUUUGUGAACAUGUUUGUGUCAGCCUUUCUACUGGCAGCCAUUUCACUGGACCGCUGCCUUCUGGUGGCAAAGCCAGUGUGGAGCCAGAAUCACCGCUCAGUAGCAGGAGCGUGGAAGGUGUGUGUGUUGGGUUGGCUGUGGGCAGCAAUUAAUACAUUACCUUACUUCAUGUUUCGCUCAGUGACUGAGAAACUGGAUGGGAGGAAACUGUGCUAUCAUAAUUUUGCCUUGUAUUCAUCCUCUCUGGAGAGAGAUUGUAAAGUAAGGCAGGCAGCAACAGCCAUCUCCAAGUUGCUGCUGGCAUUCCUGUUCCCCCUGGUGGUGAUUGCAGGAAGCUACAUCCAACUUGUUCUCAGCCUGAGGAACAGGAGCAGGAGAAGGAAGCAGAGUGCCGGCAGGCUCACUGAUGCACUGAUUGUGUCAAACAAAGAUGGGGCAUCAGGAGCUAUAAAUACACCUACAACCACAAAAACCACUAAUAUCUUUCUCAAGCCUCUGGCCUCCAGGCCAUGUUUAUCCAUGACACCUGCUACCUUGUCCCCUACUACCCCUAAUCACACCAAUCACAGUCAGCUGUCCCAGAGCUUCACCAGAAUGGUAACAUUUGUGAUUGCAGCAUUUGUACUGUGCUGGGCUCCCUAUCACAUCUUCUGCAUCAUUGAGGUAACAGCACAAUACUGGCCCGAAUAUCUCCUUUUGGUGGAGGUGGGGCUGCCCUGGGCCACAACCUUUGUGUUCUUGAAUCCUGUGUUGAACCCCAUUCUGUACGCCUUCAGCUGCCCAAACUUCAGCGUGAGAAUACGACAGAGUCUGGGAGCACUGUUUGACGGUCUGGUAGAGGAAGGAGGGGGGCUACUGAUGGUGCCAGGGAGAAGUUUAAGAGCUCAUAUUAGGCGGAAGAGCAGCCGAGAUGUGAACCUUGCAACACCAGUUUCGCCAACGGGUUCACAAUCACCCAGUCAUUCACCUGACAGCCAACCACCCUUCCCACUGCCUUCGCCCUCUGAUGGCUUCAAAGACACUCACAUGGAAAAUACCAGAGAGGAAUCACAAGAUGAGGGGGAACAUAGCUGAGACACUGGAUUUUGGCUCUAUGUUGGAUUUAGUGAAAUCAUGUCAGAUAUGUCUUAAUGUACAUGUAGGCCUGAUUAAAUGGACACCCUCUGACCUAUCACAUCAAACCCAUGGCCACCACGAAAUGCAUGUGGAACAGGAAUUAGUAUUAUAGUAGUAGUAGUCAGUCCCUCCAGGAUUUCGCAGGCUGUUUUUGUGAUUGUAGUUGUGAACCUACCCAUCUACCUAAUAGUACACCCACCUCAUCAACUAACACUGCACCACUGAUCACAACAUCCUGGAGGGACUGAGUAGUAGUAUUAAGCCUACAGUAUUUUUUUGCCAUGCUAGCAGCAGGCUCUCAGGCAAUGUCAGUGUGUUGCUCAGUCUGCCCACCAUGUUGAUCCAGACUGAAUUAUCUUAAUAAUUAUUGGAUGGACUGCCAUGACAAUUGUUACAGACAUUCAUGGUUGCCAGAGGGUUAAUCUGACUGGUGAUCCACAGAGUUUUCAUGUAGCAAAUUUUGUCUAAUACUUUGUUUAUAACCAAAUACCUACAGAACUGAUGACAUUCCCAUCAG